UGGGAUUUGCCUCGCAAGUUCGCACUCUGUUGUCUCUGGGUGUUUUUAAAAACGUUUUUAUUGGUGACACUAGCAAAAGUUAGGAAAUCGUUAUUCGUCGUAGAAUGCUUAGAUUAAGUUAAAUAUUAUUUUUAUUUUUUUAAAUAGCAUGCCACUUAGUUUAUGCGUUUACAACUAAACUACUUACAUUGGUUUUAAAGCAUUUCUUUUUCAAAUUGUUUUUCCUAUUUUUUUUUUCUUUGACCAAUUUGCCCUUGUACAUGUGUUUUAUGGAUUGUAGCUAAUCCUGUUUUGUCGGGCACAGUGUAGAAAGUUCCUAUCAGUUUUUUCAAUGAGUUCUCAAGGAGACCAACGCGAACCAACAUCGCCUGGACUAGAAGCUGUGAUUCAGAAGCUGGAGGAGUCUCUACUCUCUAGUCUCCCUGACAGCAGCAGCAGGGUAGAGGAGAGUAAUCUGUCUCUGACAACAAGAGGAGAUGGACAGGACUCUGCCGCUGCCACGCCCGCUGCCACGCCCGCUGCCACGCCCGUCUCAGGCUCCGCCUCCUCUACAGCAACACCCGUCUCCUCCCGCAUCAGACAGAUCAUCACCAGGAACCUGGCUAACCCUGCUGAUGAUGACACCAGUCUACAGGAGGAGAACAGAGUCCUGAAGGAGCAGCUGUCUCAGACCAGGAUGGACCGGGACCAGCUACUGGUCAAACAGACCCAGCUCACAGACAGGGUAGGAACCAUAGCAUCAUCACUGAACAGACCGCUUUCACAGACAGGGUAGGAACCAUAGCAUCAUCACUGAACAGACCGCUCUCACAGACAGGGUAGGAACCAUAGCAUCAUCACUGAACAGACCGCUUUCACAGACAGGGUAGGAACCAUAGCAUCAUCACUGAACAGAACAGACAGGGUAGGAACCAUAGCAUCAUCACUGAACAGAUCCAGCUCACAGACAGGGUAGAAACCAUAGCAUCAUCACUGAACAGACCCAGCUCACAGACAGGGUAGGAACCAUAGAAUCAUCACUCAACAGAUCCAGCUCACAGACAGGGUAGGAACCAUAGCAUCAUCACUGAACAGAUCCAGCGAACAGACAGGGUAGGAACCAUAGCAUCAUCACUGAACAGACCGCUUUCACAGACAGGGUAGGAACCAUAGCAUCAUCACUGAACAGACCGCUCUCGCAGACAGGGUAGGAACCAUAGCAUCAUCACUGAACAGACCGCUUUAACAGACAGGGUAGGAACCAUAGCAUCAUCACUGAACAGACCGCUUUCACA